ACAGCAAUGGCAGGCCCCCGGCACCCGGUGUCUGUGAGCGGGGCAGCUCUGCUACAGACAGACAGGCUCCAGACGUUCGCCUUUUCCGUGUGCUGGUCGGAUGACAGCGACACCUUUGCACGAAGAAGCUGGGAGGAGUUCAGGAGACUCCAUAAAACCCUCAAGGAGACUUUUCCAGUGGAGGCGGGUCUGCUGCGGAGAUCUGACCGCAUUCUCCCCAAGCUUACAGGUCAGGCCAGCACAGAUGCAUCGUUGUUGGUGCACUGGGGCCGCACUGGCAGAGGCCUGGCACGCCUGCAGCUGCUGGAGACCUACUCAAGGGCGCUGCUGGCGACAGGGGAGCGUGUGACCCACAGCCCGGUGCUCACUGGCUUCUUUGCACCACAACCCAUGGACUUGGAGCCUGUGCUGCCAGCUGGCAGCCUGGUGAUCCUGCCUGCCCCACAAGAGCCCCUGCCAGGCCCCACGGGCAGCCCUGCCAUCCGCAGCCAGGAGGCUCAGAGCCUGCACUGUCUGCAGCCCUUCAGCACCCAGGACACAUGGGGCCAGCCCUUCCAUGCUCGGGCCCAGGAGGCCCUAGAUGUGCUGCUGCGACACCCCUCAGGCUGGUGGCUGGUGGCGAAUGAGGACCAGCAGAUGGCAUGGUUUCCUGCUCCCUACUUGGAAGAGGUGGCCCUGGGCCAGGGACGAGAUGGGGAAUGGUCCCUAGGGAGCAGUGGGUACCAGUUCUGUGCUUCCCAUUCCUACGAGAGCAGCCAAGCCGAUGAGCUGUCUGUGACCACAGGGGCACGCGUGCGUGUGCUGGAAACAUCAGACUGUGGUUGGUGGCUGUGCAGGUUCCAAGGCCGUACUGGUCUUCUCCCAGCUGCAAUACUGCAGCCUGACGGGCUGGGCACACUCCUCAGUGGACCAUGGCUCCACCUCAGCGUAGAUGGUGGUGAGGACAGGGAGGGCGAGGCCCAAAGCUCCCCCAAGUCCCCCCAGGCCACGACCCUGCCGCCUACCGUGCCUGCCCGACCAUCUCGGAGUGCCAUUCAGAGCUGCUGCUGCACCAUCACCUGUGAGGCACUGGGGCAGGACCCAGGGUGUCACGGACCCCCUUGAGAGUGUGUGGCAUGUUGUGGAGGGCUGCGCUGUGCACCCCACAGCUGGAGCGGCAGGCCAGAGGCUCCAGACCCCAAGGAUGGUGGCUGCCAGCCACAUCAGCCUCAGGGCUGUGGGAUGCGCAGUUGAGGGUGGGACUCCCUGGCUGGUGGGGCAAGGAGACUACACUCUCCCUUGUCUUCUGAGUAA